CUUCUUGGUAUGGACGAUUUCCGCGACGUUUCUGAUGUUGUGUCUAUAGCAAGCGCAACGCGCCGAUUGCGCCUUUUUGAGAAUGGCCGCUCUUCGUCGGCCACACCCGCCCGGCUCCGACGAGGAGCGAAGAGGAAUCCUCCAGGACUUCACCUUCCGAGCCCCCCGAAGAGCCCCCGAGAAGAAGCGGAGCAGGUGGCUUCCGAGCUCGGGCGGCGGGAAAGGGCUAAAUCUACUGCUGCAGCGGGCGCCGUCCGACGUGCGUUCAGGUCAUACCACAAUGAAAAGCGCCCCGCCCCCAGUGGUCCCAAUUCGUAUUAUUAUGGCGAAGCCUGCGCGUGUUUUCCUUGCAUGAAAAGGCUCGGGCCGCUGCUACUUCAUAUGCGGGGUUUUGAGAAAACCGAAGCAGCUUUCACUAAACAAGCUCCAUGUCAUUUGCGGGACCUUUUUGCAGCACCGAUUUUGCUGGCGAUUCUGCAUCGCAAAUUUACGUUCGUUGCAAUUCCGAGGUAGGGGGGUUUUUCAAUGUGAUAGGCCUGGACCUUCGGAAACGACGAAAACUUUCGCCGGGCGGAAUAGUUUAGAUGUCGCCGACCCCCGCGACAGGGUGAUCCGUGGCAGAGAGUUAUUCAUCCGGACGCAGGUGGUGCGGAGGGGGGCGCGGUGGCACACGGCCCGGCAUCCGGACAAAGAGGCGCGCGCGAAGGUAUUCGAAUCGACGCGGCUCCUAGUAGUAUCUGCUGACGGCCCCAAGCAGCCGCGGGGCCUCGCUCGUGUACACCAUCAAGAGCGCAGCGCGCCCGCGCCUCGCGGCGCAGGGGGCGGCCUCCGUGCGGCUGCCUCUCCGUUCUGGGCCGUUCUGGGCCCCGCGUGC